AGGUGUGGGGAGAGGGCUGGCCAGGGCGCGCAAGCGCAGACCUCAGCUGUGCUUGGCCGAUACUUGGCGAGACGCCUGUCACAUGAGCCGCGCGCCAGCUCGGCUCCCUCUCCUCCCCGCAGGGCUGUGAAUGAAGCUCUGCAGGCUACGUGGGGCGCUAGCUCAACUUGGUGUUCAGGACGCCAGAGCCGGCUGAGCACUUGGCCCGCCAGCAGCGGACACGGGCUCCACCGCUCUCGACCUCGGCAACAGAGCAAAUCAGUUUCCUGGACUGCCAAGUGAAGCUGUACGUGUGCCCCUGUGAUAACGUCAGUGUAAGCUACCUCGAAUAAGUGAAGGAAAUCAGAAGUGUGGAGCAUAAAAUCCAGGUUGGGGCUUGAGCAUCUGGCAGAAACUAAGACCACAUUGCUGCUGUUCCAUCUACAUCCAGGUCAAGCCUCCCUACGAAAGUGGGGGGGGCUCUGAGAAACUCUGAGUCUCUGACCCCAACGUGGGAGUGGAUAGGAUCAAUAUGGCAAUGUGGCAGGGAGCCAUGGAUAAUAGAGGCUUUCAGCAGGGGUGUUUCAAUAGCUUCCAGAGCAGCUCUGGUGAUGAAGACUUGAUGGACAUACCAGGGACAGCUAUGGAUUUCUCUAUGAGAGAUGAUGUUCCUCCCUUAGAUGGAGAAAUAGAAGAGGACAAGUCAUACAAUGGUGGAGGAAUAGGUACUUCAAAUAGGAUGAUGGAUUUCUUGGAGGAGCCAAUCCCUGGUGUGGGGACCUAUGAUGAUUUCAAUACAAUUGACUGGGUGAGAGAGAAGUCUCGAGACCGGGAUAGGCACCGAGAGAUUACCAAUAAAAGCAAAGAGUCAACAUGGGCCUUAAUUCACAGUGUGAGUGAUGCUUUUUCUGGCUGGUUAUUGAUGCUACUUAUUGGGCUUUUAUCAGGUUCCUUAGCUGGCUUGAUAGACAUCUCUGCUCAUUGGAUGACAGACUUAAAAGAAGGUAUAUGCACAGAAGGAUUGUGGUUUAACCAUGAACACUGUUGCUGGGACUCUGACCAUGUCACCUUUGAAGACAAAGACAAAUGCCCAAAGUGGAAUAGCUGGUCCCAGCUUCUCAUCAGCACAGAUGAGGGAGCCUUUGCCUACAUAGUGAAUUAUUUCAUGUAUGUCCUCUGGGCUCUCCUUUUUGCCUUCCUUGCCGUAUCUCUUGUCAAGGUGUUUGCACCUUAUGCCUGUGGCUCCGGAAUCCCUGAGAUAAAAACUAUCUUGAGUGGUUUUAUUAUUAGGGGCUAUUUGGGUAAAUGGACCCUGAUUAUCAAAACCAUCACAUUGGUGCUGGCAGUGUCUUCCGGCUUGAGCCUGGGCAAAGAGGGCCCCCUAGUGCACGUGGCUUGCUGCUGUGGGAACAUCCUGUGCCAUUGCUUCAACAAAUACAGGAAGAAUGAAGCCAAACGCAGAGAGGUCUUGUCGGCUGCAGCAGCAGCCGGUGUAUCUGUUGCCUUUGGGGCACCUAUUGGCGGAGUAUUAUUCAGCCUAGAAGAGGUCAGCUACUAUUUUCCCCUCAAAACGCUGUGGCGUUCGUUCUUUGCUGCCUUGGUGGCAGCAUUUACUCUACGCUCAAUCAAUCCAUUUGGGAACAGCCGUCUGGUUCUAUUUUACGUGGAGUUUCACACCCCAUGGCAUCUCUUUGAGCUUGUACCAUUUAUUCUGCUGGGCAUAUUUGGCGGUCUGUGGGGAGCUUUAUUUAUCCGCACAAACAUUGCCUGGUGUCGGAAGCGUAAGACCACCCAGUUGGGCAAGUAUCCUGUCGUAGAGGUACUUGUCGUGACAGCCAUCACUGCCAUCCUGGCUUUCCCCAAUGAAUACACCCGAAUGAGCACAAGUGAGCUCAUUUCUGAACUAUUUAAUGACUGUGGUCUUCUCGACUCCUCUAAGCUCUGUGAUUAUGAGAACCGUUUCAACACAAGCAAGGGGGGUGAACUGCCUGACAGACCUGCUGGUGCGGGAGUCUACAGUGCCAUGUGGCAGCUGGCCUUGACACUCAUAAUGAAAAUUGUUAUUACUAUAUUCACCUUUGGCAUGAAGGUCCCUUCUGGCCUCUUUAUCCCUAGCAUGGCUGUCGGUGCUAUAGCCGGUCGACUUUUAGGAGUAGGAAUGGAACAACUGGCUUAUUACCACCAUGACUGGGCCAUCUUCAAUAGCUGGUGUAGCCAAGGAGCUGAUUGCAUCACUCCUGGCCUUUAUGCAAUGGUUGGGGCUGCAGCCUGCUUAGGUGGGGUAACUCGGAUGACUGUUUCUCUCGUUGUCAUAAUGUUUGAACUAACUGGCGGCUUGGAAUACAUUGUGCCUCUGAUGGCUGCAGCAAUGACAAGCAAGUGGGUGGCAGAUGCUCUUGGGCGGGAGGGCAUCUAUGAUGCCCACAUUCGUCUCAAUGGAUACCCCUUUCUUGAAGCUAAAGAGGAGUUUGCUCAUAAGACCCUGGCAAUGGAUGUGAUGAAACCCCGGAGAAAUGAUCCUUUGUUGACUGCCCUUACUCAGGACAGUAUGACCGUGGAAGAUGUAGAGACCAUAAUCAGUGAAACCACUUACAGUGGCUUCCCAGUAGUGGUGUCCCGGGAGUCCCAAAGGCUUGUCGGUUUUGUCCUCCGAAGAGAUCUCAUUAUUUCAAUUGAAAAUGCUCGUAAAAAACAGGAUGGAGUUGUGAGCACGUCCAUCAUUUAUUUCACUGAGCAUUCUCCUCCAAUGCCACCAUACACUCCACCCACUCUAAAGCUUCGGAACAUCCUGGAUCUCAGCCCCUUCACUGUGACUGACCUUACCCCUAUGGAGAUCGUCGUAGAUAUCUUCCGCAAGCUGGGACUGAGGCAGUGCCUGGUUACGCACAAUGGACGACUGCUUGGAAUCAUUACUAAGAAGGAUGUGCUAAAGCAUAUAGCACAGAUGGCGAACCAAGAUCCUGAUUCCAUUCUCUUCAACUAGAAUCACAGGGUUGUGCUAGAUACAAAACAGAAAGGACAUUGCAGACCGUGGAUAUAUUUUAUUAACUGGGUACCCAAAACACAUUUCCCAUAUCUGGAUGGUGAAGUUAUAAUAGUGUAUUGUCUCUUUCCUACAAGUUAACCAGUUGCACUACAUAAUAAUUUCUGGAAAUUAAUCUUCUCUUUAGGAGAAAACACAGGCUUCUGUGGUAUUGCAUUAUGAAGAUUUCAUGAAAGAGUAAACAAGAUUGCUAUGGUUUAAUUCUUUUUUCUUUUUUUUAAAGAUUUUUUAAAAAUUUAAAACAUAAUUUUUAGCCAAUAUGCAAUCAUUGAAAACUAUGCAAGAAAAAUUCUGACCAUCCUAACUGAUAGCCUGCAGGAAACUCAUGAAAAAGUCACUUUUUUUUGGACUCUAACUAUCAUUGGUGGAAGAUGAAGUGUAAACUAAGGGGCUUUGCUUUUCCAACCACAGAAAAGAAAGCCAGAAGGAAAAUAGUAAUGAUAUUUUCCAGACUGUGAAAAUUCAGUUCAAAUGUUAACUUGUUCCUGUUACAAUAUUUAGCAUUAUUAGUUUGUGUGUGUAUGUGUAUGUUAAUUUUAAUAUCUGAUUAUAAGACAAUGCUGCUUGGUUAAUCUCCUCUAAAUGAAUUUAGAGAGGUUGAUUUUUUAGCUUGCUUGUUCCUGGUACUCUUUUGAAGUGCACAAAGAAAAGUUAUAGAGCUUUCUCCUUGUCUGCAAGAAGGGUAAUUUUCCAGAUGGUAUUAGUUAGCUAGUAGACAAGGAUUUUGCCAUGAAUUUGUUAAUAGCAAGGAAUGAUUUCUCCAGAUUAAUGAUUAGUGAAGUUCUAAGGAAAGUCAAUGACUAGGAAUUUUAAAUUUUGUGAGGUUCCAACUCAUCCUCUUACCCAGAUGCCACCUCCAUGAGUUAUGGUGCUUUAGGCUUCUGGAAUAUGUAAGAAUAAUAAAGGGAACCAGACUGCAUACUGGUAAACUAGGGAAGAUUCUAAGCUGUAUCUGCAUUCUCAUGCAUUCCUUCAUAAAGACCAAUAGUACUAAAAGAACUGGACACCCAUGCCUCCUCCCAGUGUUAAGUACGUAGAACAGGCCAGUGUUUUCCUGUGAACAUGAAUUUGGGCUUGGGGUACUUUCAAAUAUAUUCAAGGCAUUGGAACACAAUAGGCAGCUGUGACUCCCUUGAGGCUUCUUAGAAUUCUAAAAAAAAAUGCAGAACCAUCCUAAGACCCAGGGGUGUGGACGAGGCCUGGCGACACCAAAGGUGCUUGUAUCCAAUUGAAAAGGUGCCUGUCUGAAUUUCCUAUCACUUUAACUGCAGUAGAAAACAUCACAGUCUAGGGACACCUGGUGGAAUUACAGAGCCACCACCAUCAUUCCGACCACUGUUUCAUUUUCUACAGUUUUACCUACAUGCAGUUAUUCCCUCCCCCAUUCUUUGCCCCUUCCCACUCCUCAGUCCCGAGUUAUUCAUUCCUAUUACAAAAAUAACUCCCAGGGCUAGUUAAAUUGUAAACCAAGCCUCAGUAAUAUUUUGGGACGUGGACCAGAGGUAACACACAGCCAUUGGCUUUGUUCUGUAACCUAGUCACUGCUAUCAUGCCUCAAUUUCCACACCAAUGCCCACAGCAGUGAGACUUAACUGCCAAGGGUGAAAGUUCAGCCUUUCCCACUCUACAAGUCUGUUCCCAGCACUUCUCUCCAUCCUUCCAGCCUGGAAUCAGCAGUCACUCAGCAUAUCCUUCCCAGCCCUCCACCUGCCCUCCCCAAAUACUUCAUACCUCAUUUUAAAAGCUGCUGAUCCCAGAUUCUAGGAUUUUUUUUAACCCUUAGUUCUUAUCUUUCCCAAAUCUGAAAUUAUGUUAUUGCCCAGAACUAGGUAGUCAAGGCUUAUUUUGACUUUUAUCUUUAAAAUGUCAAAGCAGUCACCAGAGUUUCUUAUUUUAAGUAUAUCACUCUAGCAUUUUAAUGAAAAAAACAACAACUCUAGGAUAUAUUUUAUGAUAGUCAUGACUCAGUAACUUUAUAUCUUUUGUCCCUUCCACGCCACUGAUUCCCUCGCAUGAGAUGUGGCUAUUUUGCCUGACCACCCCUGUAUAUUGUGUAGAAGUCAAAGUUCUUAUCUGUAUAUUUCUGAUUCACUACCUAUCUUAUUAGCUACCCAACUAAAGUUUGCAAACAGGAAAUGUUAGUAUUUCUGGUAUUUGAUGACAAUGAAAGGUUUGGUUGCAUUUCAUAGUGCAGCAAUCAUAUGGAGGGGUGUCUAAGUUUGCCUUUGCAUUUCUUCUAGGCUCUGUUUUUAAUUUUAGACAGAUGAGCCAGUGUUAAGGUGCUACUUCAGAGACUAAAUUCAAGACAUCAGAUAACACUGUGCCAAGGUAAACUUUCUAAAUGCUAAGAACGGAUUGGCCCUCCAGAGAAUAAUAUCCCUUUGAUACCUCACCCUGAUAAAUCUCAUCCAUUAACCUCAGCUUCUCAGGAAUCCUCGUAACUCAUAUGCUAGAAAUAGCUGUAGUGUAUAAUAUCCAUUAUGUAUCUAAUCCUAUGGUUUGGCUCACAGGUUGGUUAAUUGUGGCUAGAGCUCCCUGCUAGACUGCUAACGCAGCACCUCCACACUCAGAGUUUCUUGUCUUGAGACAAACGAAAAUGUUCUUUCUGACAUUGCUAAUUUAGCAGUUGGACAUACUUAACCAACAAACAAAGCUGAAUUAGGGAGAAUCUGUCAGUAGCCUCAAAUGGCCACAGACCUCAAUGGCAAAGACUACAUAUUCUGUGAUUAAAAAUGAAUAUGAGUUGAAACUAGUCUAUUUUGAUAUUUAAAAAAGAAAAUUGCCUGACACACGGGAAGAAUUUACAAAAGAAUGUCAAUAAGUACUUUAGGAUUUUCCAAGGAAUAAUAUCUGGUAGACAUCCAGUCAUGAAAGGAGUGAGAGUCUAUAGAUUUGUAAAAGUCUGCUAUAUUUUGUAUCUUGAGAUCUUCAAUGUAAAAAGUUAAAGAAGCCCAACCAGUUAAUGGAUGAUUAGUUAUACCAUUGGACGGAAGAAGUAGGGAACUGCAAAUGCAAAAUAAUGGCCACUUUUAAGAUCAUUUAUAUUUAGAAGUUUGUUCAGAUGCUCUGCUCUUUUCUGGCUCCAGCAUCCUUCUGGCUCAGCCCAACUGUGGAGCAGAGGUGGUAUAGUUCAUAGAACAGAUAUCCUCUGGUGAAUAAUCUGACAUUGACAAUACUUUGGAUUUGCCAAUUGGCAGAGCAAAUGAUUAAUUUGCUGAUUUAACUGUAAAGCACUUCAAUUGUUUUGGCACCAAAGCUAAAUCUGAAAGCUUUACAGGAAGAGCAGAGCACAGUAUAAAUUUCUCUGGCCAGCCUUCAAUUGUAUUUAAACAUCAGAAUGAUAAAGUAAUGGAGACUUAGUGUGAUCUAAGGCUGUGAAAUAAUUCUCAAUAAUGUGAUGAACCUGUUCAGGUGUGUGGGUGAGCAAAUAUGUUUUUAAAAACUUGGCAUGCAAUAGAGCCCAUCAUGAAACAUAAUUGUUGCUCUAUGUUUUAAGUAUUUAAAUCACUCAUCACAGUUGGGUCUUAAUAUUGGUUUGUUGUUUUGGGGGGGUGAUGAGAAGGAAAGUGUACUUGUUACCCCACAGUAUCUUUAAAAAAAAAAAAAUCAUAAGGAGUGCAAUUUUUGAAGCUGAGUUUUUUAAUGAUUGUGAAAACAAUACAGAGAAUUUGAAACAGCCAGUGUGUUUUAUAUUGCCAAAGUACUUACUGAUGACUGACCACAUUAUACUGUGAAGAAUUGAUUUAUCUGCAUUGGAUCAGAGCCAAAUAUAGGCAAUCCAUCAGUUCAGAGAAAGCAGGAGAGCAUCUUUCAUGGUAGUGCGUAGAGUAUCGAGCUCUUGAAAACCGUGAGAAAAGUUAGGAAUUUAGAAAGUAAAUGGGAGGUAGAAUAUUGAGUCUUUUAAAAAAUAAAUGUCAAUAUAUGUGCUCUGAACUUAAGCAUCCUAAAACCUUGACUUUUCUUUAACCACCUCUGGGAUGCCUAGAUUCCCUUUAGAGAGGGAAUGGAGAGUCAUGGCAGUGGAAAAGCCCUGGUAAGAAAACAUAUGAGUUUAUGUAAGAUGGUGGAAGGAAGGCCAGCCACACAUCUUCGCAUUUAAAAACUGCUUGAUCAUGUGCCUCAAGGGAAGGAAAAGUGAAAUAGUCUCCCAAAGACCAGCAUUUAGAGUGAGUCUAAUUUUAUGGAAAGGGCUGACAUAAGACAAGACAUCUGCUCAUGAAGGUGGGAAGCCACUACUGCCAUUGCCUAAAUGAUAUGCUUUAGGGAGAUUGUCUUGAAUUUUUACAGCAAAAUAUUUUAAAAUCUAUAUUUUUAGCCUCCCCAGUAUGUACUUAUUGUAUAUUAGAAAGAAAAGGUGAGGGUUUCUCAGAUCAAAGCUCAAGGAGCUGUGUAAAUUUGAUGUGAAAUAAGUGUAGUGUUCCUGUGAUGACCACAGGGCUUUUGCUCUGCUUCAAUUUCAGUUGUUUGCUCCAAGGAGAGAAGUUCUUGGAAUAGUAGGUGUUAGCAAAUUCAGGUUAUUUCCCAAACGUUUGCUGGCCCCAGUCUCAUUUCUAAAUAUCUGGACCUGGGCAAAGUUUUCAAGUGAUGUAGGGAACAGAAUUGGUUUUUCCACUUUGUAAUCUGGUUUUGCCAAAUCACCUAAGAAAGAAAGAAUUUGAUGUGUGGAGUUUGCGUGUCUUGCAUGGGGCCUAUUGAGUCACCCAGCCCAAUCCCACAGUCAUAAAUUCCUACCUCUAAGUUCCUGCCAAAGGGUCUUCAGCCUCUGUUUGCACACUCAUUGAAUAAAUGCCUUGGUUAAAGAAAGGCACAUGAUAGUAUAAAAUUAUGAGGGUUUAAAAAAAUGAUCUCUGCCUUUCUUUUUUUCACCGUCUAUCCCACUUUGUCUCCCUCUCUUUUUUCCCUUCUCUCUCUCUCUUUCUCUCCCGCCUCCUCUAAGUUCAAAAUUUUCUCAGUUGUUACAGGCAUAUUGUUUCAAAUGUGGGCCUUGGAGAAAAGAGAGGAUCAUUCUGAAC